AUGGCCGACCUCUAUUCGACCCUGAACGUGGCGCGCGGCGCGAGUGAGGCCGACAUCAAGAAGGCGUACCGCAAGCUCGCCAAGGAGCUGCAUCCGGACCGGAACAAGGACAAUCCCGGCGCGACCGAGCGUUUCUCCAAGGUCACGCAAGCCUAUGACAUCCUGACCGACAAGGACAAGCGCGCUCAGUACGACCGUGGCGAGAUCGACGAGGACGGCAAUCCGCGCAUGCCGUUCGGCUUCGGCGGUGGUGGUGCGCGCGGCGGCGGUGGCCGCGGGCCGGACUUCCGUGGUCCCAAUGGCGAGCCGUUCGAGUUCACUGGCGGCGGCGAAGCGGCGGACCUGUCCGACCUGUUCGAGGGGCUGUUCGGCGGGCGCCGGAGCGGCGGCGGUGGCGGCGGGCCGUUCAGCGGCUUCGGGCGCCGCGCCGCGCCGCCGCAGAAGGGUGCGGAUGUCGGCUACCGGCUGGAGGUUCCGUUCGAGGACGCCGCAGCCCUCAAGGGCCAGCGCGUGACCCUCUCCAGCGGCAAGACGCUCGACAUCAAGCUGCCCAAGGGCGUCGAGGACGGCACCAAGAUCCGAUUGGCCGGGCAAGGGCAGGCAGGGCCCGGGGGCAAUGGCGAUGCGAUCGUGACCAUCGCGAUCCAGCCGCACCGUUUCUUCCAGCGCGACGGCGACGACAUCCGCCUGGAGCUGCCGGUGACGCUCGCCGAGGCGGUGAGCGGCGCCAAGGUGCGCGUGCCGACCGUCGACGGGCCGGUGAUGGUGGGCGUCCCCAAGGGAUCGAGCUCCGGCAAGGUCCUGCGGCUCAAGGGCAAGGGCUUCACCGGCAAGGACGGCCAGCGCGGCAAUCAGCUCGUCACCCUGAUGAUCGACCUACCCGCCGACGAUGCCGAACUCGCGAAGUUCGCCGAGACCUGGGCGGACGCGCGCAACAUCCGGGCCGGUCUGGGUGUUUGA